AUGGGCGUUGAAAAGCUCGUGAUCAGACCUGGCAAUGGCAUAGACUUCCCCAAGAAGCAUGAUGAGGUGUCUAUGGAAUACACUGGAUGGCUCUUCGACGAUGAUGCCCCCGAUCACAAAGGCGGACAAUUCGAUACUUCCGUAGGUCGGGGUGACCUGAUCACUCCCAUCGGCGCUGGCCGAGUCAUCAAAGGCUGGGAUGAGGGCAUUUUAGGCUCCGAAGAGGCUUCUCCAAUGACGCUGGGAGAGAAGGCAACUUUGAUCAUAACAUCUGAUUAUGCAUAUGGCACUCGCGAUGUCGAGCUCAAAGCCAUCAAUGGGAAGAGAGCAGAGGGCGCCUAA